AUGUCGACUUCAAACCAACCCAGCAGCGGUUCGGCCGCGGCCACGGCGGCCAGCCCGGCCACCGCUGCGCUCGACGAGGACAUUGUGCUGGCGCUGGUGCAGGACAGUCCCGUCGCCUUUGAUCAGGCCGGCAGCCUGGCCAAGCUCGGAGUGCUGACCAGGCAGGCUGCGCAAAAGGCGCGCGACAGCCUCUCCCGCCCCAACCCGGACGCAAAGGUCGUCGUUGUCUUCCCCGAAGCCUUCCUGUGCGCCUACCCGCGCGGGCUGGACUUUGGAGCCAAGAUCGGUUCGCGCACGCCCGAGGGCCGGUCUUGGUUUGCGCGGUACCACGCCUCAUCGAUCCCCGUCUCGGACGUCGAGGGCGCACAGAUGUCGGCCAUCCGCGCCGCGGCGCGCGACAACAACAUCACGCUCGUCGUCGGCGUCAUUGAGCGCUGUGACGGCCCAGAGACGGGACCCAAGCGCGAGACGUACGGCAGCAAGAACCCAGGCGGCUCCGGGACGCUUUACUGUACGGCACUGACGAUUUCGCCCCGGGGCGACCUCCUCUCGGCGCACCGCAAACUGACGCCGACCGCGACCGAGCGGCUGGUGUGGGGCUUUGGCGACGGCGCUGGAGUCCGCGUCGUCGAUACGCCCGCCGGCAGGCUGGGCUGCGUCAUCUGCUGGGAGAACUACAUGCCGUUGCACCGCAUGGCAUUGUACGCCAAGGGCGUCGAAAUCUACUGCGCACCCACGGCAGAUUCGCGCGAGACGUGGACGAGCAGCAUGAAGCACAUCGCCGCCGAGGGGCGCUGCUUUGUCGUGAGCUGCAACCAGUUCAACACGCGUUCCGACUUUCCCGACGACUACCCGGCCUACGAAGGCGCCAAGCCCGACGAGAUCGUCACGCGCGGCGGAUCCGUCAUCGCCGGACCGCUGGGCGAGACGCUGGCCGGCCCGCUGUGGGACGAGCGCGGCAUCCUGACGGCCGUCGUGCGCCGGUCGCAGCUGACCGAGGCCAAGAUGGACUUUGACCCGACGGGCCACUAUUCGCGCCCGGACGUCUUCAGGCUGGUCGUCGACGACGGCGCAAAGGAGGCCGUCAGCUUCAGCUGA